CAGGAAGCUGGUUAAAUAACUACUGUCGUCAUCUCCGGUUAGCAACUAUGUUUGACAAAUUCUCUUUCUGCUGUUGAAGAAGCAGCAAUGAUGUCUGGCACCGGGGGAGGGAAGCGAGCCUCAGGUGGGGACAGCCCCCCUGGUCCACCAGAGAAGAAGUGUAGAAAAGAAGAGAAGACCACCACCACUCUCAUUGAGCCCAUACGCAUUGGGGGAGUGUCCUCUACGGAGGAAAUGGACAUGAAGGUGAUCCAGUUUAAGAAUAAAAAGCUGAGUGAGCGUCUGGAGCAGAGGCAGACCAUGGAGGAUGAGCUGCGAGAGAAGAUAGAGAAGCUGGAAAAGCGACAAGCUACUGACGAUACCACACUGCUCAUUGUGAAUCGUUACUGGUCCCAGUUGGAAGAAAAUGUUCACUUGCUGCGCCAACGCAUUGACCCCACGGUGGUCCCGGCACCGCCCGCUACGCCUGUCUCUGCCCCUACCCCAAUGGAGGAGGAUAGUAUGAUCCCACCACCCCCUCCUUCAGCCCCACUCCCAGCGCCAGAACACGAGGAGCAACAGCCUCCACCACCCGAUGGUAUGGAGAUAGCUCGUAAUCCACAGCAGGACUCGACAACCGCACCGCUGCCCACUACUACCCUCAGUGAGAGUGCCAAAGCCUUCCUCUCCACUUUGGACAACAGCAGUGAGGAGGAGCUCAGCCUGCAGCUGCAGGACAGGAUGCAGUUCAGCAAGGAGGCAGCUGCCUGCAUGGUCUGCGUCUUCGACAGGCUGCACAGCCGCAUCGACAGCCUAUGCACCCAGAUCCUGUCCACAGUGUUUGAGGAUGACAGCCAGGAAGAGAUGCUCCGUCUGAAUCGUACUCUGCUGGAGGAGAAUGGCAGACUGCGAGACCUGGCCUCCUCCCUGCAGGGCAGACACCACAAGAUGUCUAUGGAGUACAAUGAGCUUGUGGAUAAGGUGACAAGCUCGGAGACCAAGGUGUCUGAGAUGGAGACCGCUGUGGAGGAUCUGCAGUGGGACAUCGAGAAGCUCCGUAAGAGGGAACAGAAGCUCAACAAGCAUCUGGCUGAGGCACUGGAGCAGUUGACCUCGGGCUACUACACCACUGGCAGCUCAGGGGGGCUACCCGGUGGCCAGAUCACCCUCAAUAUACAGAAGUUUGAGAGCCUGAAUGCAGAGUUGGAGCAGAACCAGGAGCUGGCCAACAACCGCAUGGCGAACCUGGAGAAACAACAGCAGGAGCUCCAGGAGGCUGUGAGGGAGAGUGAGAAGCUCAAGUUGGACCUGAAAAAUAUUCCGGAGGAUGUGGUGAAGGAGACCGCGGACUACAAGUGCCUGCAGUCCCAGUUCUCCCUGCUCUACAACGAGUCUCUGGGGGUGAAGACCCAGCUGGAUGAGGCCCGGGCCCUGCUCCUCACCGCUAAGAACGCCCACCUCAGACAGAUAGAGCACAUGGAGAGUGACGAGUUGUCACUACAGAAGAAGCUCCGCACUGAGGUCAUCCAACUGGAAGACACGCUGGCCCAGGUGCGCAAGGAGUACGAGAUGCUGCGCAUCGAGUUUGAACAGAACCUGGCGGCCAACGAGCAAGCAGGCCCAAUCAACAGAGAGAUGCGCCACCUCAUCAGCAGCCUCCAGAACCACAACCACCAGCUGAAAGGUGACGUGCAGCGCUACAAGCGGAAGCUCAGAGAAACACAGAUGGAGAUCAACAAGUUGCGGUGUCAGAGUGGUGACACUGGGCUUCUGUCGUUGGAGGAGCCGGUGAGCGACAGCCUGGAGGUGAAGAAAGAGGAGGAUGAAGACCAAGAGGAGGAGGAGGAGAGGAGGAGGGAGCUGGAGAGACAGCGGGCCCGGGAGAGAGAGCGGGAGACUGGGAGGGAACGAGAGAGGGAACGAGAGAGGGAGCGACAGCGCAGCGAGGAGUUGAAGAGGAAAGAUUCGGACACCCUGAAGAUGCUGAGGGCGGAACUUAAGAAAGCCCAGGAGUCUCAGAAGGAGAUGAAGCUACUGUUGGACAUGUACAAAUCAGCUCCCAAAGAACAGAGGGACAAAGUGCAGCUUAUGGCAGCAGAGCGCAAGUCUAAAGCUGAGGUGGAUGAGUUGCGGGUGCGGGUUCGAGAGCUGGAGGAGAGGGAGAGGAAGGAGAGCAAGAAGCUGGCUGAUGAGGACGCUCUUAGGAAGAUCCGUGUGGCAGAGGAGACAAUCGACCACCUACAGAAGAAGCUCACUGCCACCAAACAGGAGGAGGAGGCCCUACUGAGUGAGAUGGACGUGACAGGUCAGGCCUUUGAGGACAUGCAGGAGCAGAACAGCCGGCUGAUGCAGCAGCUGAGGGAGAAGGAUGACGCCAACUUCAAGCUGAUGUCGGAACGCAUCAAGUCCAACCAGAUCUACAAGCUGCUGAGGGAGGAGAAGGAGGAGCUGGCCGACCAGGUGCUCACCUUCAAGACCCAGGUGGAAGCCCACUUAUUGGUUGUACAGAAGCUGGAGGAGAAAGAGGGCAUCCUCCAGAGCUUACUGGCCACUCUGGAGAAAGAGUUAGGAGUUCGCAUACAAGCACUAGAACUCAACAAGAGGAAGGCGGUGGAGGCAGCCCAGCUGGCUGAGGACUUGAAGGUGCAGCUGGAACACACCCAGUCCAAGCUGAGGGAGAUCCAGGUGUCCGUGUCCGAGAACCGCACAGCCAGAGAGAGGGAGUUGGGCAACCUCAAAAGAGCACAGGAGGACCUGUCCAGGCUACGACGAAAGCUGGAGAAACAGAAGAAAGUAGAGGUGUACACUGAUGCUGAUGAGAUCCUGCAGGAGGAGAUCAACCAGUACAAGGCGAAGCUGCGUUGUCCGUGCUGCAACACCCGCGACAAAGAGACGGUGCUCACCAAGUGCUUCCACGUUUUCUGCUACGAGUGUCUGAAGACGCGCUAUGACACUCGUCAAAGGAAGUGCCCCAAGUGCAACUGUGCCUUCGGGGCCAACGACUUCCACCGCAUCUACAUCACCUAACUCCGUUACAUGUAGAGGAGAAGAAGAGAACAGUGAACAGAGAUAAAGGAGAGAAGGGGGGGGGGGGAUAAAUGGAUGGAAGUGAGGGUGUGGUUGGAGAGCUUAGUUUUGUCUUUGCUUUUAAUCUCUCCUUUUGGAAAUACUUUUUUAUAUUGCAUCAUUGCCGGUUGGUGCUAGUGACCAAACAGAUAGUUGUGACUGAGUGAGAGUGUAAAAACAGAAGUGCACAUACCAAGGUAUUCCUACUUCUGGAUACUCUGAAUUGUUUUUCUGUCCCAUCUUUGUUUUUGGUCAGGUCUUGCCCAUGUGGUAAUUAACUUUUAACUGAGCCCAUUUUUGUUGUUGACAUUUUUCACCUUCUAAAAGAGAACUAGGAAGUUGUCGUAGCGCUGUAUGAUUUGUAUACAUUCAGACUUCCCCAGAAUCAUCCUUGAGAGCACCUGUAUGUGCUUGUUUGGUCUUUUCUUAAAAUACCUGAUUCUCAAGAACUGAGAUUAAAUCACUGGACGCGUAUCUAGUUUAGUUGAUAUGUUGAGUUGUGUACAAAUGCGACUCAAUUCAGUAGAAAUGUAUUUACUUUCAUUAUCGUAAUGAGCACGUUAUGCUCCUGUGCAGAGAUUUCACCAGACGAUACUGCAGGCCUUGACAUUAACUUUUUUUUAGCCACUUGUCCUUCAGACAAGUAGGACAGAUGUAUUUUUUUUUGUCAGAAAGCUCAAGUCACUUGUCCCCCCCCCCAAAAAAAAAAAACAUGAAGUCUAACACCAUGGGCCUAAAGGGUGACACUUAAAAUUGUGUUGUAUGUUUCAAGAAACCACUUUACUAAAUAAAAAUUACUAUUAUUGCUACCAUAUAGAGAAUCAGACAAAUGUAGGUUAACCUCUGCCUAUUGGCUUCUUUGCAUAUUCAAGCCUGUCUCAAAAUAAGACACUGCCCCUUUUAGAUGCACCUGGAGGAUGGUUGGCAACCCUUAAAUAGCCCAAAAAAUAUUGCAAGGUUACAAUUCCAAUCGAAUACUUUUUGUCUUUAAUAAAUCAUUUCCUAAUUUAAUGAUUCAGGGAUCAAAUGGCUACGGUAGGUUUCUUAAAAGCAAGGUAACUAACGAAGAUGUGUUUAUAACAUUGUAAGGCUAAAAUAUUCACGUUUCAGUGGAGAUAUAUUGACCACACUGUUCAACCAAUCCAAUAAAUGUGGAGGAGGAGUUAAGAUGGAGUGUCGCCUUGUUAACGUCCAAAAGCGGAAGUCACUUCAUAGGCUCUUUCCAUUUCCCUUGAAACCCGAACAUCCGGUUGUUGGGGACUCAGCGGAGGCUACUAUGAAGCUAUUCUAAGAAGAUUUUAACGUCAGAAUGACAUGGCCAAUGUUGAAUAAAGGGGAAUCCCAGCUUUC